GCCAGUCAGUGUGAUGAAAAAUGUAAGAGAUCCCACCCGAGAGAGGGAGAGACUGAGCCUGAGAACAACAUGCACAGCACGGAGACGCACACAUGACGCACACAUGCACGGAGUUAAUGCAAACCCCUGCGCUGCUUGUGUGUCGUGAACAUUCUGGUGUCUCUGGGAAAAAAAUAAAAUAGGGAAAAAAAAAAAGGCUGGCCGAGAAGGGGAAAAUGAUGGUGAAGAGGAGCCGAGAGGCGGCGUCGGGGGAUUCAGGUGACGGCUGCCGCUGAUGCUUGGAGCGCGCCGGCGUUGUUUUUCCAACCCGUUUUUCCAACGGUGCGCGGUGGAUAACAGGAGACGGGGAAGCUUUGCUUCUGAACUAGUGAAGGUAACACAAGCCGGCUCCGUGCGUGCUCCAAUUGUUGCUCAUUUCCCUGUGCGUGCGUGGAUCUGCUGCUGCGGGGCGAUGCUGAUGCUGAUGGGGAUGCUGAUGGUGCGGCGCGCCGCUCCGAACCUGUGAAUCAAGUCUCUCCAUCCCGCUCCAGCCGCCCGCCUCGGCUAUGUCAAGGCAAGAGAUCCAGCUGGGUGUUUUCUGCUUUGCGACAAAAAUCAUGCCUAAUUUCCCUGGGAGGUGCGAGGAUGCUUGUGGUUAGGAUUGUCUCUGUCUUGCUUCUUGCUGCGGUACACCCCGGAGCUCCUCAGCCCCACACAGACUCCACCAACCUCAGCUGAAGGGAGAGCAGCAAGCUGGCAAGUGCUGUAUCAUCCAGCAUAAGCCAUAUAGGAGCGUGUGCAUGUAUGUGGGGAAAAAGGCCGACGCUCUCUGGGGCUUCCCAAGAACUGCCACAUCCCCCCCAAUUCAUCUGAUGACUGCUGAGAGCUUACAAGCCUCCUGGUGAUUCUUGGAGGGCAGCCCUGAUGUAUCUUGUGAGUGUGAAAACUCUAUGAGCCAUCUGCCAGUUUUGCAUCAGCAGACAGGAGAAGGAGCAGACAGCAGCUCUGCAUGUGUCAUGUACGAGGCUGGACUCAUGCCUGUUCACAGCCGCUCCCAGCCAAAAUCUCUGACCUGCCCUGUCUGAGGCCUUUGGAAGAGUAUCUCUGCACUGCCACAGCAGCGAGACCUGUGCAGCAGCAGCAGGUUUGCAGACAGAACUGUUUGUUGUGACUCCCAACAAAAGCCCCCUGGACUCAGACUCUCCGAGUGAGUGAGACGCAGCUCAGACCCGGGUCAGGAUGCAGGUGUCCUUCGCUUGCACUGAGCACAACCUGAAGAGUCGCAGUGAAGACCGGCUCUGUGGCCUUCGCACCGCUCCACCUCCUGGAGGAAGCAGUGGGGGGGUCGGGGGCAGUGGUGGAGGAGGGGGAGGUGGUGGCAGUGGAGGAAGUGGAGGAGGUAGUGGACAAGGGAGCAAUGGGAACUACAUCACCCAGGGCUCUGUGAAGACCAGGGAGGGCCCCGGGUCCCGGCAGACGGCACAGGGCCAUGCCCACAUGAAGGAGGCCAUCGGGCGCCACACCAGUAUGAAAUACAGGAAUCUGGGGAAAUCCGGCCUUCGCGUGUCCUGCCUUGGGUUAGGCACCUGGGUUACAUUUGGAUCACAGAUCUCUGAUGAGAUGGCUGAGAACCUGAUGACAUUAGCUUAUGAGAACGGUGUGAAUCUGUUUGACACGGCAGAAGUGUAUGCUUCAGGAAGAGCGGAAAUCACUCUAGGGAACAUUAUCAAGAAGAAAGGAUGGAGGCGCUCAAGUUUUGUCAUCACAACAAAAAUCUACUGGGGAGGCCAAGCAGAGACAGAGAGAGGACUCUCCAGAAAGCACAUUAUUGAAGGUUUACGAGGUUCCUUAUCAAGACUCCAGCUAGAUUAUGUGGACAUUGUCUUUGCUAACAGAAACGACGUCAACAGCCCGAUGGAAGAGAUUGUCCGGGCCAUGACUUUUGUUAUAAACCAGGGCAUGGCCAUGUACUGGGGAACCUCCCGCUGGAGCGCCAUGGAGAUCAUGGAGGCGUAUUCAGUUGCACGCCAGUUCAACCUGAUACCACCUGUGUGUGAACAGGCAGAGUAUCAUUAUUUCCAGAGGGACAAAGUUGAAGUACAGCUUCCCGAACUCUACCACAAGAUCGGUGUGGGAGCAAUGACCUGGUCUCCACUUGCUUGUGGAUUAAUCACAGGGAAGUACAGUGAAGGUGUUCCAGAGUCCUCCAGAGCAGCAGUGAAGGGGUACCAGUGGCUGAAGGAGCGGCUGAACAGCGAGGAGGGCCGUAGACAGAUGGCUAAAAUCAAGGAGCUCCAUCUACUGGCAGACAGACUGGGCUGCACCGCUGCACAGCUCGCUAUAGCCUGGUGUCUCCGCAGCGAGGGAGUCAGCUCGGUACUUCUGGGUGUUUCGAAUACAGAGCAGCUAAUCGAGAACCUGGGUGCCCUCCAGAUUUUAUCCCAAAUGAACCCUCAAACCAUUACUGAGAUUGAUGCCCUGCUGGGAAAUAAGCCACACUCGAAGAAGGAGUCCCGUGCUUGAAGAUGCAAAUCGGAGUGACAGUUGAUGUUUCAAGAGGAAAAGAAAGAUGAAGAAGAAGAAGACAUUGGGAAACAUCCCUUCUUGCUCUGCUGUAUACUCAACUUGCAUGUUCCCAGAAACAUUAAGCUUCCAUUAUGUGCGCAUAUCCAUUUUGCGCACCACACUGUAUCAUAUAUUUAAAAAAAAAAAAAAGAGAAAAUCUCCAUUAUGAAAAAAAGCAGGUGAUAUAUUGCUCACUGUUGAUUGUUCACAGACUAAUUCCGUCAGCGCAGAGGGAGACCAAAGCUGGUCGGAGGGACAUUUCUUUGCCAUUCACAAGAAGUUAAAACAUUCAAGUAUAUUUGUCCCUGGUCAAUCGAACGUUCUGAAGUGAAAACAAAAGCCCACGUCUGUGCUAUGAUGCAACUUUACCGCGUGAGCGGUGCUUUCACUGGACAAACAAGACUCCUCGCCUCGCAGCUGCCUGUUAUUCUGUAUAAUGUUUAGUUCCCAGCAGCCAGAGAGCCAACGGUUGGUGCUCAUGUUUCUAGCCUAACAUUUCUCAUGAUGUGCAUGUGACUGGUCUGCCACGCUUAACUGCUUUACAGGGUUGGGAACAGUGGAUUACUUGUUUUACAUCACCUGGUCUGCAGGCUGGAAUCACUAAAUAAAUAAAAAAAGAAAUCACAUCAUAUGAUUUAAAAUAUAUAAUAAGUAUAUGUGUUUAAAAGAUGAAAUAAUCAGAUUCUUACACACGUCAUGUUAAAAUAUAUUUAGAAAUGUUAAGAUAAAUUGAAAUGAGAGAUGAACAGAGGGAGAGAUUUUGGAAGCGACCUUCCCAACCCUGCUGCUUUCCCAGCAGUCUUUGCCUCCUCUGUUUGUAAACUGUGCGCAUGUCCCUUUAAGAGAGAAAAAGCCCUAACAAGGUGUAAAUGUGGCAUGGCUUUUAUAGCUUAUGUAGAUUUGCAGUACCCUUUUUUUGUUUGUUUUUAAAACUGUAAAUGGUCCAGCAGUUUGAUCACCGCCUGUACCACUGGGCCCUUCUUUAAGAUGCUCCACAAUCUGCAGACAUGGCUGUGUCCAUCCGACAUAAUGAUUUCUGUACUGUUCCUAGACUGUUUAAGAUGAAAAUGUUGACAUCAUUUGUCACGGAUGCCGUUCUAGUGAAGACUGCCACUGUUCUUGAAGCAAAGAUGAAGUCGGUUUGGAAGUGUAUGCAAAGAUUACUGGUCAUGUGACAAAGAUUAGGACACACUGUGGUGACCCUGUAGUUUUCAAAUCAAAUAGAAAAUCAAUUUUAAAUGUCUGAGUUUCUCAAAUGGUCACUUGGGGUAAGAUUUAGCAAAUGUAUUUUUUCUUUUCUUUUUUUGUUGAAACCUGAAAAUAUAGCUUCUCUGCUCAUUUC